UUUUUAGAAAAUCACUUCACUUGUCAGUUGUCAAAGCUAUUUAAUUUGAAAUUUUUCCUAAAUGUUUUGUAAUACAUUUGCAUGACAUACAAAAUAAUUACGUUCUUUAAUAAUGUAACAGAAAAGAUAACAAAAAAAGCAAUAUAAUGUUCUUCAGAAACGUAUGGUGUGCAGCCGAGACGACGAAUAGUUGUAGACCGUUGCUUCUUCAGCAAGGUCGUGGAAGCUUCAGCAACGUUCGGGUGGUGGUUCGCAAUUCAUUACACAACAGUCGACGAGGCCCCCGGCGCACGGCUCUCGAGCCCGAUCCGUUGUCACAGAUACAGAUAGAAUCAGGACCUCUUCAUGCUAGAGUCCUUUGGAAACCUUUCUUUUUCACAGUUGGGGUGUCUGCAGUGAGUCUCACUGGCUGCUUUAUAUGGGAAUAUGAAAAUCUUCGCGCACAUGCCUCAUCUUUUCUCAAAAAACCUGGCACCUGGUUGAGUGCUCAACAAAGAAAAUUUAAAACACAUCUUCAAAAAGCUGAGCCUGGUCCACUUACCAAAUGGUGGAGGUCAUUAAGAGAUAGUGAGAAAGUAUUUUACCCAAUACUUGCUGCAAAUUUAUUGGUGUUUGGUGCUUGGCGUGUGAGGUCCCUGCAACCUUACAUGAUAAAAUACUUCUGUUCUAAUCCAUCUGGAAGUUCACGAUGUCUACCAAUGUUGUUGUCUACAUUCAGCCAUUAUUCUGCAAUGCAUUUAGCUGCAAAUAUGUAUGUUCUCUACAGCUUCAUGCCUGCUGCAGUAGCUUCAUUAGGCAAAGAACAAUUUGUAGCCAUGUAUUUAAGCGCUGGUGUAAUAAGCAGCUUCGCAAGUUUUGUCUACAAAGUUUUACUAAAUCAGCCUGGCCUUAGUCUUGGUGCAUCAGGAGCAAUAAUGUCAGUGUUGGCAUAUGUAUGUGUGCAGUAUCCUGAUACCAGGCUCAGCAUUAUCUUCUUGCCCAUGUACACAUUUGCUGCUGGCACGGCUAUCAAGGUUAUCAUGAGUGUUGACUUGGCCGGAGUGGUAUUUGGAUGGAAAUUCUUCGACCAUGCUGCGCAUCUUGGUGGUGCAUUAUUUGGCAUGGCAUGGUGUCACUGGGGUAGCUCAAUGAUAUGGGGGAACAGAGAUAAAUUCCUGCAGUAUUACCAUACUUUUAGGAAAAACGAUUCGGGCAGAUAGCAACUUGACUUAGUGAAAAUAAUAGUAAAACAAUUUUUGUUAAGAAAAUAUUAUGAAUCUAAACUGACAAAUUAUUUUUAAUGUUUGGUAAAUAGCAUUUCUUCUAUUGUUGUGAUAAAAAUUUGGCUUUUCUUUGUAUGUUUACAGAAAAGGAAAUAUUUGUAAAUAACAACUUUAUUUCAAAAAUAAAAACGGAUAUUAAUUAAAAA